UUUCUAUUCGGAUGACAAUGCUAUAAUUGCAUCCUUUUUUUCAAAAUACAUUGUUGUAAUUGGUAGAAAUGAAAAUGAUAUGAUAAACAAAUCAAUAAGAGUAUAUUGUUACUUCUUGUAUUUAACCCAUAAAGGAAUGAAAUUGAUAUAUUUGGAUAGACUAUUUGGAGUAAUAUGAAGAAAUUAAAGUAUGAUGCUAAAAUACACAAAUUAACAAAAUAGGAUGUUAUUGAUAAAACAAAUUAACAAAGUAGAUUGCCAUUUUUCCUAUUUAAUCAUUUCUAGGUUCCAUCACAUCGCCCCUAUAUAAAUAUGUAUUUAUCCAAAAUAAAAUAGUGACUGACAAAAUGCAAAGUAUUGAAUACUAUAAUUUGCUUUUGUAAGAAAAAUACGUAAAAAUGAAAAAUAAAAAAGACUUUAUAAAUGGCAAAAUAGUUAUUUUUACAUGGAAUAGCGACCCAAACUGCAAAUUUUGAAAUGCGAACUAUCAAUUAUUCGAAAGUUUUGACCACCAUUUCUGCAAUUUACUCUAUAACUAAAAGCAGUUAUGGCGGGAAAACUUCUAUGAAAAAGCUUUCCCGCUUUCUGUAAAUCCGGGAAAGAAAGUUUAACUUUUCUUCUAUCCGAUCAUUUUCAUUCCUUGCAUCCAGAAUCCUGCAUUGUCGAUUCAACUUGAACUGUAUGCAGUAUUUCUAAUCGACAAAAAGACAUUUGUAUAAUGGAAAGUUCGUCGUAUUUCAAUCUAUCUCUGUCGUCGUCAACAAUGGAGGGACGUCCAAAUUGGCUGAAAUUGCCUGAAGAACUAAUGGCAAAUAUACUUCAAAGAUUGAGUUAUUUAGAGAUACUCAAUAGCGCAUCAAAAGUAUGCACAACUUGGAAGAAAAUCUGCAAAGAUCCGGCGAUGUGGAAGGUCAUCGAUAUGCGGAAACAGGUUUAUCGUUGGAGUAUGAAUUUCGAUAUUGAGACUUUGAUUACGAAGCUAGUUGAUCUCAGCUGUGGGGAAUUGAUUGAUUUCAGUGUCAAGGGUGGUUUUGAAAUCAUCCCUAUCCUUGAUUAUGCUGUGCAACGAUCAAGUAAGAUGAAACGUCUUUACAUUCAGAGCUGCGAUCACGAUCUCGUAAGCGGAGGGUUCAUUUGGGCAAUCAAAAAGCUACCACAACUGGAGGAAUUUCAUCUUUCUUGCACUUAUCCCUCUGCAAAAGAAAUCGAACUUAUUGGACAAAACUGCCCUCUACUCAAGUCCUUUGCGAUGAACCAAUACUGUCAACGUCCACAGAAUGACGACACUGCCCUUGCCAUUGCAAACAACAUGCCUGGGUUACGCCAUUUGCAGGUGAUUGGUAAUAGCAUGACGAAGAUUGGACUCCAAGCAAUUCUUAAUGGCUGCCCUCACCUUGAAUCCCUGGAUCUUCGUAUGUGUUAUUAUCUUAGGCUUGGCGGGAAAUUUGGAAAAGUAUGCAUGGAGCGGAUUAGAGAUUUAAAGCGCCCACAUGACUCGAUGGAAAAUCAUGAGUUACAUCAGGAAUAUGAUGAAUGUGAUAUAUAUGAUCAUAUGUAUUCAUCUGGGUAUUCUGAUGUUGAUGACUCUUCGGACAAUGACUUCUAUCAAGUCAAAGAAGUUUCUGAAGUCAACAAUGCUUCUAAAGAGCGUGAUUAUGAAUAUGAUUAUGAUUAUGAGUAUUAUUGUGGAUAUGAAUGAUUGAAGAUCAUUUGGUAAUCCUUUAGUAAGUUACUAGUAAAAUUGUGGCAUAUAAUCAGGAUGACAUAUUUUGUUUACAAUGUUGUGAUGAUGUAUGUAGGUGAUCACUGGGACAUAUUAGGAUGACAUAUUUUGUCUUUUGAGUUUCAUAUGAUUUCUAAGGGGUUGUUAUCA